AAUUUUACUCGGAAAACAUACUGAAUUAUUUUAGUUGAUGAAUAUCAAAUGUAAACGAUGCUGGUUGGUGUUGCAAUAUCUGCGUUGGUUUGGUGCAAUUUUAUUGUUCUGGGCACAACUAUUAACAGUAUACACGUAGGUGUUUAUAGCGAAAAUGGUGUUACACCAAGCUGGUAUGCGAUUAAAGAAAACACCGGCGUAGAUCUUCACCCAGUCGAGACAAAUUUUGCCACUCUUUCAGAAAUCGAUAGCUUUGGAGCUAUAAACCUGCUCUGCCAAGCAGCUUGCUCUGAAAGCGGAAUAUCUGCAGUAUUCGGACCAAACAAUUUAGUAACAGCUUCAGCAUUCGAAUCAGUAUGUUCCCAUCUCGGUAUACCGUUUAUUUCAACCAGAUGGAGACCUAGACAAACCAAAAAGUUCGAAACUACCUUUAACUUUUAUCCGGAUUCGGAUUUGCUGUCACAGGGCUUGGCUGCUAUUAUCGAGAGUUUAGAUUGGGACCGUUUCGCGAUCCUCUAUGAAAAUAAGGAUAGUCUUCUCAAAUUGCAGGACGUAUUAAAAUUGCAGGAAUAUAAACAGGCUGCUAGCAAGAAUUCUAUUGUUUUAGAACAGCUCGAUCCAGGAUGGGAUAACAGAUUCCUUCUCAAGCAUAUCCGAAAUUCAGCUAUAACGCGCAUUGUUUUGGACUGUAGCGUGGACAAAAUCCUGGACGUCCUAACCCAAGCCAAAGAGGUGAGACUGCUUUCAGAUUUCGCCACAAGCGUAUUCCUAACUUCGCUGGAUGCUCACACUUUGGAUUUCAGCCAGCUGGACACAAAAUCGAACAUUACGACCAUGAGGCUGUUCGAUCCUUCCGAUCCAUUCUUCUCCGACAGAGCCGGAAAAUAUCUUCCAGGCCAACAGCCAGAAAAAAUAACGGUAGAAGCUGCCUUGCAGGUUGACGCAAUGUCAUAUAUUGCACAGGCGUUGAAAGCGAUUGCGACGAAAGAUCCUGAAACAGAAGUCGCCUCCUCUCCAUUAUUUUGCAACAGUUCCGUCAAGUACGAAGACAAAAUAGGGUUGAUUCGACAAAUGCAAGAGACCGCUUCAGCGGAUUCUUUAACCGGAGAAAUUAACUUGUCAAGAGGGAAACGAGAAACGUUCCAGCUGAACGUAAUUGAAAUUUACAAACCGGAAAAACCGAUCGGUAUAUGGAAUUCGGAAUUUCCAGACAGGGUACAUCUUACAAGGGAUAAAACCGAAAGGGAAGCAGAACUGCAGAAGAGGCUGGAGAAUCAUAAUUUUAUCGUUUCUUCCAGGAUUGGAGGGCCGUAUUUGUUCUUAAAUCCCGACCCAGAAACCUCAGGAAAUGCCAGAUACUACGGAUAUUCCAUGGAUUUAAUUUCGGAAAUAGCAAAGAUAAUGAACAUCACUUUCCAGUUCCAAAUCACAGACAAAAAUCUAUACGCAAAUUUAGCCAACGAUCUUAUCGAAAGGAGAGCAGAUUUGGCCAUCUGCGACUUUACCAUAACACCCCAGCGACGAGAGGUGAUCGACUUUAGCAUGCCGUUCAUGAGUUUGGGAAUCGGUAUACUCCAUAAAAAGGCAGAGCUCGAAGAGAGCGACAACAUGUAUGCAUUUCUUCGGCCUCUCUAUAAGACCGUUUGGAUGUACAUGGCAACGCUGUAUUUACUUAUGUCCGCCGCCAUAUUUAUAAUUGCUAGGAUGUCGUCAGAAGACUGGGAAAAUCCACACCCGUGUGACGACAAUCCGGAAGAAUUGGAAAAUAUAUGGGAUUUCAAAAAUUGUUUGUGGCUGACAUUGGGGUCGAUCACAACUCAAGGCUGCGAUAUUCUACCCAAGGGAACCUGUACUCGAAUAGCGACCGCUAGUUGGUGGUUUUUCUCAUUAAUCAUCACCAGUUCCUACACAGCAAAUUUAGCUGCAUUCCUGACGAUGUCCAAAAUGGACGACUCUGUUGAUUCGGUAGAGGAGCUGGCCAAACAAUCGAAAAUUAAGUAUGGAUUGGUGCAGGGUGCGUCAACGGAAACUUUUUUCUCACACUCGAACAAUUCCGUCUACCAAAAAAUGUGGAACACGAUGUCUAACGAGAAGCCUUCGGUGUUUGAACCUGACAAUGGUAGGGGUGUGGAUCGAAUAUUGUCAACCAAGGACAGCUUGUAUGCGUUUUUUAUGGAAUCUACUGGGAUCGAAUACGAAUUGGAACGCAAAUGCGAACUGAGAAAAAUUGGAGGGCUACUCGAUUCGAAGUCUUAUGGUAUAGGAAUGCCACUGAAUGCGGACUAUAGACACUCUAUCAAUGCAGCUGUAUUACAGCUUCAAGAAUCGGGCAAACUGAUUGACCUAAAGGAGAAAUGGUGGAAGCGGGAACGGGAAGGCGAUCCUUGCCCUAGUAGUGUCGAAGUCGAUAGUGACGCCCUAGCUCUGGCUAAUGUGGGUGGGGUAUUCUUGGUGCUUGUUUGUGGUAUUGCGAUAGCGUUCGCUAUAGCCAUUUUGGAAUUCAUCUGGAACGCUUACAAUGUAUCCGUAGAGGAACACAUGUCGUUCUCGCAAGCCCUUAAGGCCGAGGUCAAGUUCGCCUGCAAUUUAUCAGUAACUAAGAAACGAGCUAAGCCUCAAAUAUCGGAAGCGUCAUCUGCGUCAUCUGCGAAGUCUGCAGACAAAGAAAAAUCUCCUCUGAGAAGCAUAAUGGCCAACGCAGGAUCAUUUUUGACCAUAAACACAGCCGCGAUGAAUAAACUUGGUUCUUCGUCUCGCCUCGUUAGUGUCGAGCCAAAAAAUGAAAGUGACGUAAACUUUUAACGCCACGCCACUGAACGUUAUUACCGUGCCCCCGACGACGGCCCAAUGUUUCGGAAAUUAGAUCGGAAAUAUUCCAAUAGAUUGCGACGCUUGAUUGGCCUUUAUUUGCAUAUUAAUUCUUUUCCAGUCUCAUCGUAAAAGUUCAAACAAACGUUAAUUACGAAUCGACCGAAGAAAUGAAUUUUCAAUAGGAAAAAGUCAAUCACGGAUUUUAGGAGAUUGGAUUUUUCGAAAGCGCUUUUUUUUGCCGACGUUUGUUCGCGGAGAAUUUUCAAUUUUCUUAUUGGGCGGAACAAGAUGGAACUUCUCUUGACUUCAGGGACGGCGCCCACUAGAAGUGCUUAUUCUUUGCAAACUCGCAUAACUGAUAAACAAAAUUGUUGGUGGUAUUCAGAAGCAUAUUUCUACAAAACUACAAACGAUAGUUUGGAAGCGUAUUCCGAAUAGAAAAGCAAAAUUUAUCCGCUUUGAGAAUAUUUUUGUGCUUUUAAAUUUUCCAAAUUUUAAAUUUAAGCCAGAUGAAUAACGCUAUUUUGAUUUGGGAUAUAUUUAUCAUCAUUAAGAAACUGGAAAAGAUAUGAUUUCUUUUUUGGUUUUUAGUGCGAUUCCCAUAAUUGCAAUAAUUACAAUUGUUGCAUCAUUUUGAAUAGUAAAAACUUUUUUAGUAAUAUUCGUAUUUAAUCCUUAGGAACAAAUUUCCUUCCAUUUUAUAUGUGGCAUUCCCAGUCUUCAUAUAUUUGGUGUGCAUUUUUAAUAAGUAAGCGGCUCACAUUUAUCCGAAAGCAAUUUCCGUUUCCUUAGUAUCCGUCUUGCAUUUUUCCACGACCUUGGACAAAAUACCCCAGCCUUUAUGCUCUUAAUAAACCUCGACAAUUAAUAAUUCAUCCUUUAAUGCUCCAGCGGAAUCAACAGUUUUCGUCAUGCUCUGCAUCUGGUUUUUCCGAGAAGGUAAAGUAACUUAUUACUUUGAUGAAAAGUCCCUUAGUUUUCCGGAAACUCAUCUGGCUUUACGUUUGUUUGUAUUACGCGAACCGGCUCUUUGUUUGCUUGCUGUUUAUUUACGGAAAGGGAUUUAAUAUCUCAGCUCGGAGUAGUUUAGGGUUAUUUUAUGGCAGUUUGGGUGUUUAUAAAAGGUGGGAAAACCCGAAUUUUAUGCGAAAUUCCCCAAAAUUUUGAUAUGGGUCAAAGUAGCACCGCCUUAUUUAAAUGAACUUUACAUUCAGUGGCAGCCCAAAACUUGUGUUCUACUAAAUAGAAUCAAUUAAAAAAUAUUUUAUCUGAAUUUCGUUUUGUUUAAUACCCUCUUUGAAAUACAACGAAAAAGUUGGCCAAAAAGUUAACCACAAUUUCAGGUCACCUAAUGCCCCAUCAUAAAUAAUAAAAAAAAUAGAUUUACAGCUGUCGAAAAAUUACCCCCAAAUAAUUGAUGGAUGUUCUUUUUUAGAUUUUUUGAAAAAGUAACUAAACUACGAGACAUAUGAGAUCCAAGGUUACCACUUUUAUGAAACAAAUUGGUUCGAUAUUGUAAAGGGUUAUGUUAGAAAACUCAAGUGCACAAAAUUUGCAGCUAUCAACUUGAAAUUUGAUAAAACGGCAAAGGCCCACCGUUAUACGUAACCUGUUAAAGAUGGGCACAAUCUAUCUGACUUUGGAAAGCAUAAGUAAAAUAAUUUUAAAAUAUUUUUUUGGGUGAUAUUGAGUCCAAGAAAACAAUAGUUUACCGGAAAGAAAAAAUUAAAAACUUUUACUGCAGGUAUUGUUUCGAAAGUAUACAUUGUGUUCCAAAUUGUCAGUUUUUGGUGAAACUUCAAAUGCCACAAUCAGAAUUAUGCCACUGUUUCAUUCCCGAGACACAGA